CAAACACUCCCCCCCUGACUUGAUGCGCUCAACGAAGCCUCGUGAACGCACGGCAGACGCAGUGGAUGCGUGGACGCACUUAGUUCAUGAAUGGUUGGAAGCGUUUCUUUCUUUACGAGAAGACUUCAGCAGAGCUCCAGCAUGGACACCAAGGGCUGCUCCUCCGGACCGGGGCGCAGCGGGAGGCUCACAUAGAAGUCGCCGACAAGCACCACGACAAUCCUACAGUCAAGUUUAGAGUUUGAAGAAAGACAGCGAUUUGAUCAGCAGCCACGGAUUAAAUAAUGGCUUUAUUGGUUCAUCUGAAGAAGGUCUCCUUUCUUCGCGGCAAAGGGGACCGCAUCGCCAAAGUUACAUUCCGAGGGCUGUCCUUCUACAGCCGCGUGGUGGACAACUGUGACGAGGAGGCCCACUUUAAUGAGACGUUCCGAUGGCCGACCGGCAGCAAGCUGGAUGGCAACGAGAUAUUGGAGGUGCAAGUGUUGAACUACAGCAAGGUCUUCACCAACAGACUGGUGGGAACCUUCCAGAUGGUUCUGCAGAAGGUGGCACAGGACGGCCACCUGGAGCUGACUGACACGCUGGUGGACGACAACAACACCGCCACCAAGACCAGCGUUACCAUAGAGAUCAAGUACCAGACGCUGGACGGCUCGGCGGGCAUGUGGAGUGACGGGGAGUUCCUGGACGUCCCGGAGGACGGGACCUUCUCCUUCGAGACGGAUAGCCUGCUGUCGGGCCAGAGCCACAGCUCUGGGAUGUCCGCCAAGCGCUCCCUCCAGGGCUCCAUCCCCACCUUCCGCAAAGCUGGGAAAGGUGUGUUCUCAGCCAUGAAGCUCGGCAAGAUGAAGAGCUCCAAAGACGACCACAGGAGAGGAGAUGAGCCGGCCGUCCUGGACAUGGAGGAUCUGGAUAGGAGGGCCAUCCGUCUGGCCGGCCCCCUGGACCCCGACACCAUCUCCCUGGCCUCGGUGACCGCCGUCACCACCAACGUGUCCAACAAGAGGUCAAAGCCAGACAUCAAGAUGGAACCGAGCGCUGGUCGACCGGUGGAUUAUCAGAUCAGCAUCACGGUGAUCGAGGCGCGGCAGCUGGUGGGACUCAACAUGGACCCGGUGGUCUGUGUGGAGAUCGGGGACGACAAGAAGUACACCUCCAUGAAGGAAUCCACCAACUGCCCCUACUACAAUGAGUACUUUGUCUUCGACUUCCACGUCCCGCCGGACGUCAUGUUCGACAAGAUUAUCAAACUCUCGGUUAUCCACUCAAAGAACCUUCUGCGGAGCGGAACGCUGGUGGGAACCUUCAAACUGGAUGUUGGCACCGUUUACUCACAGCCUGAGCACCAGUUCUACCACAAGUGGGCCAUGAUGUCGGACCCGGACGACAUCACAGCCGGGUGCAAAGGAUACAUUAAGUGUGACAUCGCCGUGGUUGGGAAGGGGGAUACCAUAAAGACCCCGCAUAAGGCCAAUGAGACCGAUGAAGACGACAUAGAGGGGAACCUGCUGCUACCAGAGGGGGUCCCAGUGGAGAGACAGUGGGCCAGGUUCUACGUGAAGAUCUACCGGGCCGAGGGCCUCCCAAAGAUGAACACCAACAUCAUGGCCAACGUCAAGAAGGCCUUCAUCGGGGAGAGCAGAGACCUGGUGGACCCCUAUGUCCAAGUGCAGUUUGCUGGCCAGAAGGGAAAGACCACAGUCCAGAAGAGCAGCUACGAGCCCAUCUGGAAUGAGCAGAUCAUCUUCACCGAGAUGUUCCCGCCACUUUGCAAACGCAUGAAGGUCCAGAUACGAGACUCGGAUAAGGUCAACGAUGUUGCCAUAGGGACCCACUUCAUUGACCUUCGCAAGAUAUGUAACGAGGGGGACAAAGGCUUCCUUCCGACCAUGGGCCCGGCCUGGGUCAACAUGUACGGCUCCACCCGGCAGUACACCCUGAUGGACGAGCACCAGGACCUCAACGAGGGCCUGGGGGAGGGAGUGUCCUUCAGAGCCCGCCUCCUGGUGUCGGUUGCCGUGGAGAUCCUGGACACCACCUCCACGGAGAUCGUCAGCUCCACGGAGGUACAGGUGGAGUCUGUCUCCAACAUCUCGGAGAGCGCCACAGGGAAAAUAGAAGAAUUCUUCCUGUUUGGCUCAUUCCUGGAGGCCACCAUGAUUGAUCGUAAAAUUGGGGACAAAUCCAUCAGCUUUGAGGUCACAAUAGGUAACUACGGUAACCAGAUAGACGGGGUGAGCAAGCCGUCGUCAGCCAAGAAGAGGAAGAAAGACGGGGAGAGUGAGGAAGAGGAGUCGGACCUGAUCCAGAACUCCAGCGAGGACGAGGCUGAAGAGGAGGGGGAGCUGCUGUCCGUCUCCUCCACCCCCCCCCUGAAGCCCUUCAUCACAGACAGGAACUACUUCCACCUGCCCUACUUUGAGAAGAAGCCCUGCAUCUACAUCAAGAGCUGGUGGCAGGACCAGCGGCGGCGGCUGUACAACUCAAACAUCAUGGACAAGAUGGCCGACAAGCUGGAGGAGGGUUUGAACGACGUCCAGGAGAUCAUCAAGACGGAGACGGCCUUCCCCGAGCGCAGACUCAGAGGAGUGCUGGAGGAACUGGGCGCAGGCUGCAAUCGUUUCAUGGCGCUGGCUAACAAGGAUAUGAACCAAGCUGGCAGAACUAGGCUGGACAGAGAGCGGCUCAAAUCCUGCAUGAGAGAGAUGGACAGUAUGGGCCAGCAGGCCAAGCAGCUGCGCACGCAGGUGAAGAGGAACACCAUCAAAGAGAAGCUCAAGCUGGUUCAGAACUUCCUGCAGAGGCUUCGCUUCCUGGCUGACGAGCCUCAGCACAGUAUCCCAGACAUCUUCAUCUGGAUGAUGAGCAACAACAAGCGCGUGGCGUACGCCCGCGUCCCCUCCAAGGACAUCCUCUACUCCAUCGUGGACGAGGAGACCGGGAAGGACUGUGGCAAAGUCAAAGCCGCCUUCCUCAGGCUCCCCGGGAAGAAGGGGUUCGGGCCGGCCGGCUGGACGGUGCAGGCCAAGCUGGAGCUCUACCUGUGGCUGGGGCUCAACAAGCAGAGGAAGGACUUCCUGUGCGGCCUGCCCAACGGCUUUGAGGAGACCAAAGCCGCCAGGACGGGGCCAGGGCUCCAGUCCGUGCCCCCCAUCAGCCUCGUCUACAACAUGAAGCAGGUGUUCCAGCUGAGAGCUCACAUGUACCAGGCCCGGAGUCUGUUUGCUGCCGACAGCAGCGGCCUCUCGGACCCCUUUGCCAGGGUGUUCUUCUCCUCCCACAGCCAGGUCACGGAGGUGCUGAGUGAGACGCUGUGUCCCACCUGGGACCAGCUGCUGGUGUUUGACGACGUGGAGCUGUUCGGGGAGGCCAGCGAGCUGAGGGAUGACCCCCCCAUCAUCGUGGUGGAGAUCUACGACCAGGACACUGUGGGUAAAGCUGAGUUCAUAGGUCGGGCAUUUGCCAAGCCCAUCACCAAGAUGUGUGACGAGCACUACGGCCCCCCCCGGUUCCCCCCGCAGCUGGAGUACUACCAGCUGUACCGCGGGAACAACACCGCGGGGGACCUGCUGGCCGCCUUCGAGCUGCUCCAGAUGCCUUUUGAUGAAGAGGAGAUGAGACGAGCUCUGAUCAACGUACAUAGUUUCGCUGUUCCUCAGAUAAAGAUUGGCCAAGCAGGGAAGGCCGGGCUCCCCCCCAUAGAUGGGCCCACCGACCCUGAACGGGGACCCAUCCUCCCGGUGCCCCUGGGCAUCAGGCCGGUUCUGAGCCGCUACCGCAUAGAGGUGCUGUUCUGGGGCCUCAGGGGCCUGAAGAGGGUGAACCUGGCCCUGGUGGACCGGCCCCGAGUGGACAUAGAGUGUGCCGGCAGAGGGGUUCAAUCGGCCCUCAUCCAGAACUACAAGAAGAACCCAAACUUCAGCUGCCUGGUCAAGUGGUUCGAGGUGGACCUGCCGGAGAACGAGCUGCUCCACCCUCCUCUGAACAUCCGAGUGGUGGACUGCCGGGCGUUCGGCCGCUACACCCUGGUGGGCUCCCACGCCGUCACCAGCCUCCGGAGGUUCAUCUACAGCCCCCCCGACAAGACCUCCAACAACUGGGCCAGUGCAGCUAAGCUAAUGAACGGCUACAUGGUCCUGACCAAUGGCGGCUCGCGCUCCGGCUCCUCACCCAGCCUGUACUCCCGCCCCCCGUCCCGCACCCUCUCUCGACCUGCAGGUGAUAUCCUCCUCAGCAUGGACUCCGAGCCCUCAGUCAGGAAGAUGGACACCGUGGUCAAACUGGAGGCCACAUCUGAUGCAGUGGUCAAGGUGGACAUGAAGGAAGUGGAGAAUGAGAAGGACAAGAAGAAGAAGAAGAAGAAGAAGAAGGGCGAGGCAGAGGAGGAGGAGGAGACUGACGAGAGCACGCUGGACUGGUGGUCCAAAUACUUUGCUUCAAUUGAGACACACAUGGAGAUCCUGAAGGCCCAGGAGGCGGCCCAGGCGGAGGCAGAGGAGCGCGAGGACCUGGAGAUCGCCGCGGAGGGAGCAGAUCUGAUCCACCCCGACGACCUGCUUACCAAAGGCUCAAAGGGCAGGGACAAGGGCCGAGACAGGAGGGGGCCCAAGGACAGGAAGAAAGCCGGCCACGUCAUGGAGGGCCCAGAGAAACGAGGCCCCCGGCCCCGAGUGGACGAGUUGCUGGUGUACAACCAGGAGCUGGAGGAUGAGUAUGGUAACUUUGAGGACUGGCUGCACACCUUCAACCUGUACCGAGGCAAGGCCGGGGACGACGACGAGCGCGCCCUGGACGACGACCGGAUCGUGGGCAGGUUCAAGGGCUCCCUGUGCAUGUACAAGGUGCCCCUGUCCGAGGAGAUCACCAGGGACGCGGGCUUCGACCCCAACAUGGGCAUGUUCCAGAGCAUUCCUCACAACGACCCAAUCAACGUCCUGGUGCGCGUGUACGUGGUCAGGGCGACAGACCUUCACCCUGCCGACAUCAAUGGCAAGGCAGACCCUUACAUCGUCAUCAAACUGGGCAAGUCGGACUUCCGUGACAAGGAGAACUACAUCUCCAAGCAGCUCAACCCCGUCUUUGGCAAGUCCUUUGACAUCGAGGCCACCUUCCCCAUGGAGUCCAUGCUCACGGUGUCGGUGUACGACUGGGACCUGGUGGGCACAGACGACCUGAUCGGGGAGACCAAGAUUGACCUGGAGAACCGCUUCUACAGCAAGCACAGAGCCACCUGUGGCAUCAGCUCCACCUACUCUGUGAAUGGAUACAACGUGUGGCGGGACCCUAUGAAGCCCAGCCAGAUCCUGGCCAAGCUGUGCAAAGAGGGCAAGCUGGAGGCGCCUCAGUACGGCCCGGGGGGGAAGGUGAAGGUGGCCAACCGCAUCUUCUUUGGCGCCGCCGAGAUCGAAGACGAAAGCGGUAUGAAGAGACAGACGGAGGAGCACCUAGCUCUGACCGUGUUGAGGCACUGGGAGGAGAUCCCCAGGGUGGGCUGCCCCCUCAUCCCCGAGCAUGUGGAGACCCGACCCCUCCUGAACCCGGAUAAACCCGGCAUCGAACAAGGCCGGAUCGAGAUGUGGGUGGACAUGUUCUCCAUGGACAUGCCAGCGCCCGGGCCCGCCAUCGACAUAUCACCGCGGAAACCCAAGAGCUUUGAGCUUCGUGUAAUUAUUUGGAACACUGAUGACGUAAUUCUAGAGGACGAUGGUUUCAUGACAGGAGAGAAGAUGUCUGACAUCUAUGUCAGGGGAUGGCUGAAAGGCCAGCAAGAGGACAAGCAGGACACGGAUGUGCACUACCACUCGCUGACGGGCGAGGGCAACUUCAACUGGCGCUUCGUCUACCCCUUCGAGUACCUGAUGGCCGAGGAGAAGAUCGUCAUCUCCAAGAAGGAGUCCAUGUUCUCCUGGGACGAGACCGAGUACAAGAUCCCGGCCCGCCUCACGCUGCAGGUCUGGGACGCCGACCACUUCUCCGCCGAUGACUUCCUGGGUGCUAUCGAGUUGGACCUGAACCGGUUCCCUCGUGGCGCUAAGACAGCCAAGCAGUGCUCCAUCAACAUGGUCCGCAAGGAGCUGCAGCUACCCACCAUCUCCAUCUUCAAGCAGAAGAGGGUGAAGGGGUGGUGGCCCUUCGUGGCCCGUGAUGAGAACGAUGAGAUAGAGCUCACGGGUAAAGUGGAAGCAGAGCUCCACCUAAUGACAGCGGAGGAGGCUGAGAAGAGCCCUGUUGGUCUGGGACGCAAUGAGCCAGACCCCCUGGAGAAACCAAAUCGCCCAGACACCACGUUCCUGUGGUUCUUGAGCCCGCUGAAGGCCAUCCGCUACCUGAUCUGCAACCGCUACAAGUGGCUGAUCAUCAAGAUGGUGCUGGCCACGCUGCUUCUCAUCAUGCUGGGCCUCUUCCUCUACAGCAUGCCGGGGUACCUGGUAAAGAAGAUGCUAGGGGCCUGAGGCGGCCCCACGGGGCCCCGUGGGAGCCUGAGGGGGUGGUGGGGGUCCGUUGAGGCGGGUUGCUUGGGGAGGGGGGGAGGGGCGGCUCUUGGCUCUGGAAUGUCUUCCGCCCUCUCCAUCCCUACCCAGGAAAGAGAGGAAGCGGCAUGGUCUCUCCCUUCUCUAUGUCUUAUUUUUCGUAGAGAAGGAAGAGAUACAUUGAAGACCCAAAAGCAAUAUAUUUCCUUUGUACUACUGGGAUAGCCAGAUAUUGAGAUGUAUAUCCACAUCGCUCAGGUCACCUGGAGUGGGGGGGUGUGGGAGGGGGGGGGGGGGGGCAACAACUACUGUCGUUAUCCAAAGAUGACAACAAUAACUAAAAAACAUAGCAUUAUGACCAAGUAAAUAAUAUCUGGACUCAACCUAAUCAGCAAAUCACCUCCAACAACAUGCACCAAGGUGAAACCAAGAUCUCAACCUAAACCACGCCUACCAAGCAAUGUUACUUGGGAGGGACUUCUCCUUUAUGUCUUUGUACAGAUUUUGAUGAUCUUUAUAUUUAUCAAGGGAAGAGUUAAUAAAUGAUUGCAUGGACAACCUUCCUAGUAUAACAUCUUGGUGUUAUACUAUGGUUUAUUAGUGCUUAAAUGUUAUUGAUUUAAUAUGAUAGAGAACAAAUUAGAAAAUAUGUCCCGUUAUAAAGGGCAUUGUUCCCUCUUCAUUAUUGCAGUCUUUGCACAAUUCAGAAAUAAUAAGCACAUAAAAUUAAUCAACAAAAAUCUGAAAUAUAUCUAUUUUCAUAACCUGAUUAUAUCCAUUUGGGCGAAGAUCAAGCUUAUAUUAAAGUCUGAAAUCAACGAUGCUCUGCAUAUUGUGUAGGUAAAUUUGCAUUUCCAGCAUAUUUUAUUGAACAAAAGUGUGUUAGGGAACAGUGAAGGAACAGUGUUAGCAAGAGUGUUAGGGAACAGUGAAGGAACAGUGAGGGAACAAGCAGCAUUUUCUAACAGCCUUUGAAUAGCAAUGCUUAUAAGCACACAAUAGAUAGGGAUGGUGCCAGCCUACCAUUUCCCACUAUCAACGCAUCUGAAAACAUGAUCACACUGCUUGUUCCAAACCCCUCAUCGGGCCGCCCCGCGGGGACAAAAUCUCAUCUGAGAAUCACUUGCAACCAGCUCAGGUCUGAUUACAAAAGUACACCUUCACGGGUAUUAACUGUGUUUCACCAAAAAGUAGUCUUAGACACCAGUAGCAUGCCUUUGUGUUUUUGACCUUCAACUGACCAGAGGUCAUGCGUCUUUUGGCAUGGCUGUCUUUCUAUAGUUCCACCCUAACCAAAUCACUGAACCCUGCUGUCCCCCAACGAGUUUUCUUGUUAUGAAAAGUUGAAGUGCACUUGAAAGGUGUGACAGGGCCUGAGCCUGAACAAGGGGUUGUUGAAGACGGCGUUCUGUACGGUCUUUAAAUUGUCCUUUUGCCUGUGCUUGACCAAUGUUUUCUGUGAAGUCGUCUUCUGUAUUUCAUCGACACUCUUGUUUGCACUUAACCUGCCUGUUUGUAUGAAAAUUAACUGGAUUCCUAAACUUGUGUAACUGUGUGAGCAAUAUUUAUUUGUGCUGAUUUACUGAUUUGAAAUAAACUAAAUAUAAUUACA